AGCUGCUCUCUUGAAUGAAGCGCCGCAGAAACGUGCAGGCAGGAGGAGGAAGAAGCUGUGUGGGCCGCCGCAGGGAGCGACCAACGCACAGCAACACGACCGCCGGGCGGGCUGCGGUGGUGGUCGCACACCGGUUAUCUGUCGACCGUAGGCGGCUGGCUCUCUCCCGGAGCUCAGUGUCGGAGAGUGAAUGAGGUUGAUGCUGCUCUGCUGCACCUGGAAGGACGAACGCAUGGGAGAGGAGGAAGCUGGAGGAAGUGUGCCCGUCUGUGCGGGAUGCAAACAGAGGAUUUACGAUGAGCAGUACCUCCAGGCCCUCAACACUGACUGGCACACUGUCUGCUUCAGGUGUUGUGAGUGCAGCGCCUCUCUGUCCCACUGGUAUUAUGAAAAAGAUGGACGUCUCUUCUGCAAGAAGGACUACUGGGCCAAAUUCGGGGAGCUGUGCCACGGCUGCAACGACCCGAUCACCACCGGCCUCAUCAUGGUCGCAGGGGAACAGAAAUAUCAUCCAGAAUGCUUCACCUGUCUGAACUGCAGGACAUUCAUCGGUGAUGGAGACACGUACGCUCUGGUGGAGAGGUCCAAACUCUACUGCGGUCACUGUUACUACCAGACCAUCGUCACCCCGGUGUCCCUGCCGGACUCUCCAUGCUCACGGAUCCCUCACACCGUCACACUCGUGUCCAUCCCUGCCUCCGCCGAGGGCAGCAACGGACGCAGAGGGCGAGGUUUCUCUGUGUCCAUCGACCAGCCGCUCAGCCCCACCAACGGCUACAGCCCUGAACAUGGACACACUGUCAGAGUCUCCCAGGUGGACGCAGACUGCAUCAGUCCAGAUGUGAAAAACUCCAUUCAUGUUGGAGAUAGGAUCCUUGAGAUCAACGGGACGCCCAUUCACAAUGUCCCUCUGGAUGAGAUCGACCUGCUGAUCCAGGAGACGAGCCGGCUGCUGCAGCUCACCAUCGAACACGACCCUCACAGUCUGGGGCAGGAGGGAGGCUCUUCAGAGGCUGAAGAGCAAGUGGACGGACCCCUGUCUUCCCCUCUGUCAGAGGGCCCCAGCCCCAUUCUGCCCAUCACCCAGCCCCCGAACCCUGACAUCAGCUGCCUGAGAUCCCGCAUCAUCACGCGAAGCUACAGCAUUGACAAGUCGCCAGGCUCCAGCAAUGCAGCGUCCCCCAUCUCCCAGAGGAAGGACAUUAAUCGAUCAGAGUCGCUCCGUGUUGUGUCCAAUCGGACGCACCGCAUCUUCCGCCCAUCUGACCUCAUUCACGGAGAAGUGCUGGGGAAGGGCUGCUUUGGACAGGCCAUCAAGGUGACCCACAGGGAGACGGGAGAGGUGAUGGUGAUGAAGGAGUUGAUUCGCUUUGAUGACGAGACACAAAGAACAUUCCUGAAAGAGGUGAAGGUCAUGCGUUGCCUGGAUCACCCCAACGUGCUCAAGUUCAUUGGCGUCCUCUAUAAGGACAAGAGACUCAACUUCAUCGCAGAGUAUAUAAAGGGAGGCACCUUGAGGGAAAUCAUCAAGAAAAUGGACAGCAACUAUCCCUGGAACCAGCGGGUCAGUUUUGCCAAUGACAUAGCUGCUGGCAUGACAUAUCUGCAUUCCAUGAACAUCAUCCACCGGGACCUGAACUCACACAACUGUCUAGUCCGAGAGAACAACACAGUGGUAGUUGCAGAUUUCGGGCUGUCACGGCUCAUGGUGGACGACAAGCACGAGGAGAAGUUGUCACAGGGUAAACUGCCCGGCCUGAAGAAGCCCGACCGCAGGAAGAGGUACACCGUGGUGGGAAACCCCUACUGGAUGGCUCCUGAGAUGAUCCACGGGAAGAGCUACGAUGAGAGAGUAGACAUCUUCUCCUUUGGUAUCAUGCUCUGCGAGAUAAUUGGCAGGGUGAACGCAGACCCAGACUACCUCCCCAGGGCAAUGGACUUUGGACUGAAUGUGUCUGGCUUCCUAGAGCAUUUCUGUCCCCCAGAUUGCCCCCCUGCCUUCUUCCCCAUGGCUGCUAUGUGCUGUGACCUUGAUGCAGACAAACGGCCUGCUUUCUCCAAACUGGAGGAGUGGCUGGAGAACCUGAAGAUGCACUUGGACAUUGGUCUACCCCUGGUGUCUGAACUGGACCAGCUGCACAAGGCCUUCUGGGCGAACCACAGCAUCAUGCGCCCUGAAAACGGCUUGCACACUCACCCCGAACAGCCGGAGUAGGGGCCGAACACGACUGGAUGAGGAGUGGGAAAUUAGAGAUAACCCCACAGGGGCAGCGAUGAUUUGCCUCAGGGCGGAUCAGUGGCUGGAGGAGUCACUGUAAAUACUCCUUGUUUAAAGCUGCGUGUGAAGGCUGGCUCAGUCUUAACGAGUAGACUCAGGGGGAAUAAAUGUGGAUCUGAAAAGCCACCUGUGCGAGCUGCACACACACAUUCACACAUUCACACAUUAAAAUCAAGAGACAUCACCUACGAUAGCUUGAUUCUGCUGCACUCAAAGCUAAAGUGGAACAUGUCAUAUGCAAUUAGACCUUUCAAAUCAUGACUCGACUUUUGAAUCGUGUAGAUUUAACAUUAGUGCUCAUUCCAUUCAAGAAAACCUACUGUAGUGUGUAUAUUCACGUGGAUAAACUAGUCCAAAAAAAACAAGGCAUGAGGCAAACGUUCAGCCUCCUCACUUUGGGCCUCUACAGAGUACAUUGUGCAGUAUGUGUUUGCAGGUGUUUCUGUGUGAGUUUGGUUUGAUUUUUACUUUUUGGUUUUGGAUAUCAAAACUGACCUUAUGGUAGGUGCAAAGGAGAGGGGCCCGUCAGAGGCUUAGAUCACCAUGCUGUCCACUUGUACAAGUCGAACCUUUCCAGCUUUAAAUAGCUCGCUGAAGAGUGCAUGACUGUAAAUAAUGCUGUCAGGUCAUAUCCUGGUUCAUCGUGUCCCUCUGAACCUCUAUUUGGUUCUAAACUACUAGACCCACAUGUGUCUGUGACGCCGCCCCUCUCCCUCGUUUAGUGUAGCACUGACUUAUUAACACUGAGGUACACAUCUUUUGCAUACAUUUUGGUACGUUCUCUCACGAUUUUAAGAGCUGUCACGUAUCCCAUUCAUAAUGAUGUGGCAUCUCAUACAGUCAAACACAUACCAGUGUACAUAGAUCGCGACAGUGUAAAUGUUUUAAAUAUUGAAAAUGUACAGACAUAUUUUAUAUACGUACGCUACAUUGCCAUAUUUUUAUUGGCCGACCAGUUGAAAUUAAGGAAAGUAAAGUUUGCAGUUAAUAGGGCACAGCCGAAAGCUUUAUUGUUUUUUUUGUUUUUUUUCUACAUUGUCACUCCUGUGGCAAGUUUUGGCUUUUAACAUUCGAGAUCACCACAAAAUAUCUCCAAACUUCAGUUUGAGCUCAGUAAAUGUCACAUUCUGUCAUUUCCCUACACCCAAAAACAUUUGAUUGGUCAUCUUGGAGUUUUCGUGCACCUGCAGAGGUGUACUGGAGUUAAUUAUAAUUCUAGAUUAUCUAAUCACAUCAAAGUUGCUGAACUAAAUCUGCAUGUUAUCAAAAUGAAAUGUGAUUUGAGAAUUUUGAGGGCAAUCAAUCUGUUCAUUAUUCACUCUCGGCUCAUGUACUGUACACUAGUUCAGGUGUGGGAAUAACAUCACCAGGUACUGCCUCAUCAUGUCAGCUAUCCUACCACAUAUCUGUCUCUCCUCCGGUGGAUGACCCACUGUUUGUUUACAUGUAAAUGCAAGCUGUAAAUAUCACUGUAUGUACGCGUCUGCCCUUACAUCUGUCUGUGUGCAUUGCAUAAAUAUGCUCGCUCCUCAGAAAUAAUCUCUUCCACUGUCAAAGUCUCUCUUGCACCUUCUAUAACAUGCAUUUCUAUCUCUUGACUUGUUUUUUUAUUUUUUAUUUCCUGCUGGGUUUUUCUUUUUUCUUUUUUUCACGAGCUGCAUGAUGAACUAGCUUGGAUCUGUUCAGCUUCUAAAUCGAGCUGUUUUUGUCUCUAAACGAUGUGAUUUUUUAAAAAAUAAGAAAACAAAGAAUGAAAGACAAAAAAAGUCAACAGAGAAAGCUUAAAGGCUAAAAAGGAAAACACAGCAUCUGUUGUUUUUUUUGUUUGUUUUUUUAAAUAUAUAUAACCACUGAAAUCUUUUUGUAUAGAUUUGAGUACUUUGAUUUGCACUAUAUUACCAAACGGCUGGUUAAAGCCAUGUUUGUUAAUUUCCUCUUGGGCUAACUUGUGAUAAGGAAAUAAAUUAUGUCGGUUCAGGUCGAUAUAUGAAUGCAAGACACUGAUAGAGCCUUUCAACUGUAAAAAUGGGAGCUGGGAAAUUCAUCCUCUUGAUAGCAAACGUGAGGAUUAGUAAAGUUUAUGAUUAUUGGACAUUUUUUAAAUAAGUUUUGGCAGGAACUUGUUAUAUUAUUGUAUGUAAAGUCAUAUGUCUAUAUACUAAACAAUGACAAUAUUUAAACUUUAAAGCCUUUGGAAGAAGUCUCCAAAAUUUUGAAUACCAUCAUAUCUUUUUUCUGGUCUUUGCCACCAUGAGGAUGUGUGUCCCAGCUCUGCCUGCUGCCUACAGACUGGUCCUUUGUGAAUGAUGUCCUGUGUUGUUUCUGACUGCUUGGUUUCAUAUGUGAUGCCCACAGAGGCUGCAACCACUGCUGGUCCUUCUGAUAAUAGAGCACUUAAACUGGCCUGUCUCACCUCUCACCUCCUCAUCACACUCUUUUUGGCUCAGGGCCGUACUUUUCUGGAAGCUUACUUCACAAUUCAGUUAAUUCAGCAGCUUAAUAGGAAAUCAAAGAUUCAGACUCAAAGAGCAUGUAACCUUCUGUCACUGUAUAUGCGAAUAACUCAAAAUGCGCUUCUGUAAAACAAGCCCCUCCUGGUUGAUGUGUUCGUCCGUGGGCAUGUACUGUACAUGAGUGGCUUUGCCAUGUUUCUGUCUCCAUUCCUGUCUGAGCCAUGUCGAGCAUGUUAGGUGUGUCUGUGAGGACGUGUUGAUGAUCAAUGAGAAUGUCGCCGCAGCACUUCUUUGCAAAGGAUCGUUACCUCUGAACAAUGCUGUGCCUUUGUUGUAAGCUAGCCUUGCCAACGACUCGAAAACGUGAACUGAUUUCCUUUUUUAUGUAUCAUAAGUGGAAGCCUGAUUCAAGUGGAUUGAAUAUCAUUGCUGAUACUAUGUUGUAUGAGAUUUCAUUUUGUUCUGUAUUAUAUUUAUAUUUUCCAGAUUCUCCAUUGUCAGUUUUGAUAUUUUAAGAUUCUAUUUCUUUUCUUUUUCUUUUUGGUCUUAUUUAAUUUUUUUACACAAGCUGUGAAAACGAUUCUGCACUUUAAUCCUGAACAUGAACAUUUAGACUCUGUGGAGGCGACUGUUUUUUUGUUUUUUUGUUUCCCCCCCUUUUUGUCACAGCUAAAAAUAAAACUGUUGCUUCUAAAACAA